AUGGCGCUCCCUACGACUGUGGGCAUUGGACUGCGAGAUGUUGUCCCAAAACAUUACGACCUGAAAUUGGAGCCUGACUUGGAGAAUGCAGUCUUUCACGGUACAGUGAAGAUUUCAAUCGACAUUCUGCAGAAAACUUCCGUCAUACCGUUGAACGUGAAUGACUUGAAUAUUCUUCGAACGGAAGUCAGAAGCAUGCCAGGAUCUUCAACCGCCGCAUUCGAUCACACGGUCUCAUACGAUGCUGAAGAGCAUCUUGCCAUCAUAUCUGUGGCAUUUCCCCUUGAGGCAGCCAGCCAGAUACAGCUUGUUUUCGUAUUUGAAGGCAGGCUUAACGAUCAAAUGAUGGGGUUUUAUCUAUCCCGUUACCUAGAUUCGGAUGGCUUGCCGAAGGUAUUAGCCACCUCUCAAUUGGAGGCGACCGAAGCACGAAGGGUAUUCCCGUGCUUCGAUGAGCCCUCCCUUAAAGCGAGCUUUUCGGUCACCCUGGUUGUGGACAGGCAUCUGACCUGUCUGAGCAACAUGGACAUUGUCGAACAAAGAGACAUCGAACUGGUUACCGACGACGAGUUGAGUCGAAGGAGCCCCCUGAAAAAGAUUGUGACGUUCAACAGAACCCCCAGAAUGUCGACCUAUCUUCUUGCCUUUGUGGUCGCUGAGCUCCAAUACGUGGAAUCAACCAAUUUCCAUGUACCAGUGCGAGUUUACAUGCCUCGGCGACAAAAUGCGACAUUGGACCAUGGGCAUUUCUCUUUGAAUUUGGCAAUGAAGACUCUUGAAUUUUAUGAAAGAAAGUUCAACAUCGAGUAUCCGCUCCCGAAAUUGGACAUGAUCGCCAUUCCCGAUUUCCCAGCCGGUGCGAUGGAAAACUGGGGCUUGAUAACUUUCCGUGAGGCCGACCUCUUAUUUGACGAAGAUCUCGGGAGCAUGUCCAACAAAUUACGCACAACUUUAACUGUCCAACACGAAAUUGCUCACCAGUGGUUUGGAAAUCUCGUCACAAUGGAUCAAUGGGAUGGCCUCUGGCUGAAAGAAGGGUUUGCCACGUGGAUGUCCUGGUAUGCUUGCGACCAUUUCUAUCCCGAGUGGAAAGUAUGGGAAAAGUUUGUGGCGGAUAGUCUCCAAGAAGCAUUGUCGUUGGACUCGCUUCCCAGCAGCCAUCCACUUGAGCUUCCAACUCAGAAAACGAACGCCAUCGGCUAUGCCUUCGAUGCUAUAUCCUAUCUGAAAGGUUGCAGUUUGGUACGGAUGGUCUACUCCUACCUAGGCGAAGAUGAAUUCAUGAACGGUGUCCGGCGCUAUUUGAACCAACACGCUUAUGGAAAUGCCAGCACAGCUGACCUCUGGGCUGCUUUAGGGCAUCCAAACAGAGGAGAUUUUGUUGACUCAAUGAGUGUCUGGACGACACAAGUCGGCUAUCCCGUCGUCACAGUUACGGUUUCAGAAGGCUGCAUAUGCCUUCAGCAAGACCGUCAUGUGCAACUUCAAAAAUUGUCAUCCAUACCACGGAGCGAAAAUUAUCCUGUGCCCUUGAAUAUACGUUCAGAUCAAGGGGUAUUGCGUGGAGAGUUGUUCAACGAGAAAAGUGUUCAAAUCAGAAUGCACGGCUUUCUCAAGCUAAAUGCCGAUCAAAGUGGGAUAUACAGGACCUCCUAUGAUGCUGAACAUCUCCAGAGGCUCGUCAAAGUCUGUACAGAAAGCGACACUUUCAGUGUUGAGGAUCGAUUGGGAAUCAUUGCAGAUACCGGGGCACUGGCAACAUCCGGCCACCAGAAGACAUCUGUGUUUCUCAGGCUACUCAUGGAGUUCAUUCAUGAGUCACAGCCAACGGUAUGGAUUGUCAUAAGCAGGCAUCUUGAUGCAAUCCAAUCAGCAUGGCUUUUUGAAGAUCCACAGGUUGUUGCGGGGCUGAAGACGUUUGCCAGACAAUUGGUGAGCCCAAAAUUAACUGAGCUGGGACGGGAGAAGGACUAUACCGGUCACUUAGAAAAGGAGCUGCAGGCAUUGCUCUUUGGAAUUGCUGGACAAGCAGGAGAUCAAGAGGUAAUUGCCACAGCGAAAGCGCUUUUCACUGGGUGGGUCAACAAGACCUCAAAGAUUGAUCCGAACCUCCUGCCUCACAUAUUUCGCCUGGUACUUGAGCACGGUGGAUUGUCCGAGUACGAAAUUAUUCUGAAAGAAUAUAUGAACGCGAAGACGAGUAUUGAACGCAACACUGCUUUACGGUCCUUGGGCUACGCUAAGGAUACGACAUUGGUGACACGGACACUUGAGCUCGCUGCAAGUGAGCAUGUUCGUGACCAAGAUCUACACUUUGUCAUUAGCUCUUUGCAGGCUCAUCGAACGGGAGUCGAGACCUUGUGGAAGUGGUUAAUGCAGAACUGGACAACACUCGCUCGACGUCUCACCAAAGUCGCUUUAGGCAAGCUCGUUAAGGCUUGUAUUACGGGCUUCGCGACCAGGAGACAGAAAGAGUCUAUUAAAGAUUUUUUCGACACUCAGGAUACAAAGGGAAUUGAGAUCCCAUUGACCCAAGCACUUGAGGUGAUAAAUGUUAAGUCGUUAUGGGUCGAAAGGGAUCGACAUGAGGUCGCUUUGUUCAUCAAAGGUCUGGCACAUUAA